CACAUGGGGAGCAAUGGGGCCCAAAUGGGGAGCUAUGGGGCCCACAUGGGGAGCUGUGGGGCCCAUAUGGGUUGCAGUGGGGCCCACAUGGGAAGCAAUGGGUCCCAAAUGGGGAGCAAUGGGGCCCACAUGGGGAGCUAUGGGGCCCACAUGGGGCACAGUGGGGCCCACAUGGGGUGCAGUAAGGGCCUAUAUGGGGGUGCAGUGGGGCCCACAUGGGAAGCAAUGGGGCCCACAUGGGGAUCAAUGGGGCCCAGAUGGGGAGCUAUGGUGCCCACAAAGGGUGCAGUGGGGCCCACAUGGGGAGCAAUGGGGCCCACAUGGGGUGCAAUGGGGCCCACAUGGGGUGCAGUGGGGCGCACAUCCCAUAGCAGCACACAGUGGCACUGCCCCACAUCCCAUAGCAGCACACAGUGGCACUGCCCCACAUCGCCCCAUAGCAGCACACAGUGGCACUGCCCCACAUCCCAUAGCAGCACACAGUGGCACUGCCCCACAUCCCAUAACAGCACACAGUGGCACUGCCCCACAGCGCCCCAUUGCAGCACACAGUGGCACUGCCCCCACAUCGCCCCAUAGCAGCACACAGUGGCACUGCCCCACAUCGCCCCAUAGCAGCACACAGUGGCACUGCCCCACAUCCCAUAGCAGCACACAGUGGCACUGCCCCACAUCGCCCCAUAGCAGCACACAGUGGCACUGCCCCACAUCCCAUAGCAGCACACAGUGGCACUGCCCCACAUCCCAUAACAGCACACAGUGGCACUGCCCCACAUCGCCCCAUAGCAGCACACAGUGGCACUGCCCCACAUCGCCCCAUAGCAGCACACAGUGGCACUGCCCCACAUCCCAUAGCAGCACACAGUGGCACUGCCCCACAUCGCCCCAUAGCAGCACACAGUGGCACUGCCCGACAUCGCCCCAUAGCAGCACACAGUGGCACUGCCCCACAUCCCAUAGCAGCACACAGUGGCACUGCCCCACAUCGCCCCAUAGCAGCACACAGUGGCUCUGCCCCACAUCCCAUAACAGCACACAGUGGCACUGCCCCCACAUCGCCCCAUAACAGCACACAGUGGCACUGCCCCACAUCGCCCCAUAGCAGCACACAGUG